AUGUGGAAAUUGCUGGCUCUGACUUCACUUCUCGUCGCACGAUCCCUUCAAACCCCGAUCCAAAGGGGCAUUGACCCUCUUCGAUUUUCCAAAAAUGGCACCUUCCAAAUCUCUAUUCUGGAAGAUCUUCACUUUGGAGAGAAUGCGUGGGAUUCCUGGGGACCCGAGCAGGAUGUCAACACUGUAGCGGUCAUCGACCGUGUACUCGAUGCCGAAUCUCCCAAUCUCGUCGUAUUAAAUGGAGAUCUGAUCACUGGAGAAAAUGCCUUUCUCGAGAAUAGCACCGUCUACCUUGAUCAAAUGGUUGGCCCGAUCGUCAACCGCGACUUGACCUGGGCGUCGACCUACGGAAACCACGACAGCUCGUUCAAUCUGUCACGCUCGGCUCUAUUCGCACGGGAGAAAAGAUUUAUUAGCUCGCGCACCGAGGCAAUGGUGUCGGAUCGUCAAGCUGGUGUGACGAAUUACUAUCUCCCUGUUUACGGAUCUCAGGAUCACCCUGGGGCCAGAGAUGCACCAGAGUUACUGCUUUGGUUUUUUGAUAGUCGCGGAGGUGUUUAUUAUCAAGAAACCGAUGCUUCAGGGAACGAGAUUCCACAACCGAAUUGGGUCGACGUCAGUGUUGUGGAGUGGUUCAAAGCAACGAACGCUGAUCUGGUGCGCAAGUAUCGCAAGCAUAUCCCCUCUCUUGUGUUUGUGCAUAUUCCCACCGAUGCAUUUCGCGCGAUUCAAACCCAGCAAGGGAUGGAUCCGCAUAAAGAACCGGGCAUCAAUGACGACUAUCCACUGGCGCAGCAAGGACAGAAUUGGUGCGCGAGUGGUGAAUAUGGCGGCUCCUGCUCGUAUGGUGGUCAAGAUGAGCCGUUUAUGAAAGCUUUGGCUGAGACGCACGGCGUUCUUGGAGUCUUCUCGGGCCAUGAUCAUGGAGAUACUUGGUGCUAUAAGUGGGAGAAGCAAGUUCCUGGAGUUUCUGUGAAUGGCAAUGGAAUAAAUCUGUGCUUCGGUCAGCAUACCGGCUACGGAGGGUAUGGAAGCUGGAUUCGAGGGUCUCGACAGGUGCUUGUGACGGAGUCAAAGCUUAAGGCGAGGGAGAUUGACACCUGGAUUCGUCUGGAGUCGGGCGAUGUUGUAGGGUCAAUCUCUCUUAAUGCGACCUACGGGGAGGAUGUCUACCCUGCGACACCUAACACUCAUUCCUCUUGUCCUACCUGUGCUUAUACACUUUCUUAA